AUGCUUCAAGAAAUACAAGCUCUACCAAAAGUGGUAAAAAACACAUAGGAAUUGCAUGCGCAUUUAAACGGAUCCUUAAGAAAAGAGACUUUGAUAGAGUUUUUAGCAGAAGAUGGCAAAAAUGAAGGGUUUGACAAAGAUUUGACGAUGGAUGAAGCAUUUAGACUGUUUUCAGUGGUACAUUCUGUAGUAACGAGACCUGAUAGGGUUGAAAGGAUUACUAGAGAAAUGCUGGAAGAUUUUGAAAAGGAAAAUACGGUUUAUCUAGAAAUCCGAACUUCUCCAAAAGCCACACAAUUUAUGACGAAAUUGGAAUACCUAAAUUCAAUUAUUAAGGCAAUAAGGGAAUUUCAAGGAAAAAUGGUCACAAAGGUAUUGAUUAGUGUAAACAGAGCUCAAAGUGUGGAAGCAGCUUGGGAAAACAUAGAAUUAGCUAAAAAUUACCCUGAAUGUGUAGGAGUUGAAUUUUCUGGAAACCCAAACAUCGCUAAAUUUAGAGAUUUCUUAUUCCUAUGGAACGAGCAAAAACAAUUUGCUCGCUCAUGGAUUUUAUCUAAAAUUUUUACAAUGGAUUUUUGUUUUCAGUUCGGAAAGUAAAAAUUAAUUUAAUUUGUGAUUUUAAAUUUUAGAGCAAAAACUAUAAUAAUUAUCACUUAUAUUAAAAUAUUUUUUUUAAAAUAAUUUUUUGCUCGAUCACGGAUGCUGGUUUUUCCUAAAAAUUAGAGUUUUUCAGUAGUUUUGCACUUUAAAGAGGAAAUUAGAAGUAUUUAAUCAUGCAAGAGACAUUGGAAUGAAGGUUUCUAUACACACAGCAGAAAUUCCAGAUAAUGAAGAUACUUUAGAUAUCAUUAGGUUUAGGCCUGAUAGGCUAGGCCAUUGUUGCUAUUUAGAGACAGAAGCUGAAAAUCUGAUUAUAGAAAAUCGUAUACCCAUAGAAAUAUGUCCAAGUUCUAAUAUGGCGACUAUGGGGUUGACUAGCAUGAUUGAUCAUCAUUUCGGGAGAUUUUAUACUAGAUCUCAUCCAAUUGCGAUUUGCACAGAUGAUACAUUGUUAUUAAACACAACUUUAUCAAAAGAAUAUUAUUUGGUAGCAGAAACUUUUCAUCUCACUAUAGAUGAUUUAAAAAGGAUCAUUAGAGAGAGUGCUUUGAUGUCAUUUUUUGACUGGCAUACAAGUUAUUUUACGCAAAAUCCACUAUAA